AUGGACAUAACUUGCCCUGGUAGCAUUGUAGAGAUAGAAGUGCAGAAAGUUGGACAGUUGGCAUCUGCCACAGGAGUUGAUGGACAUAACUGGUUGUAUUACAUUGCAUAUGGAAUUUUUGACUGUGAAAAUGAGGACAACUGGACAUGGUUCAUGCAGCAGUUGAGAAGGGCUGUUGGGAGCCCUAAAGGACUAGUGAUUUGCACAGAUGCAUGUAAGGGGCUGGAGAGUGCAGUUGGUGCUGUGUUUCCUGAGGCUGAGAACAGAGAGUGCAUGAGACAUCUAUAUGCCAACUUCAUGAAGCAGUACAGUGGAGAUAUUUUCACAACUCAUCUAUAUCCAGCUGCUAGGAGCUACACUGAAGGUCUGUUCAAGUGGCAUAUGCAGAAGAUACAUGACUUUGCUCCAGCUGCAAUUCAAUACUUGCAUGAUCACCACAAUUGGAUCUGGUAUAGGUGUGGGUUUUCAGAGGACAGUAAAUGUGACUAUCUGACAAACAACGUAUCAGAGAGCUUCAACAGUCAAGUAAAACACAUGAAAGGGUUGCUGAUACAUGAGUUGGUUGAUGGGCUCAGGGAGAUGGUCAUGGAGAAGAUGUAUCUUAGGAGAAAGGUUGGGAGGGAAUUCACUGGAGACAUUUUGCCAAGUGUCAUCAAGGAGCUCAACCUUACUAGCAACAACUUGAAAGUAGUCAAAAUUGCAGUGAGUGAUGAUGAUUUUGCAGAGGUGACCCUACUUGAUGAUUGGAACAAUGCAAGGAAGCACACUGUGGACCUUGUGAACCAUAAAUGCAGUUGUAGGGCAUGGCAAGUUAGUGGAAAACCAUGUAGACAUGCACUUGCUUGGAUCUUGUCCAAUAGAGGCUUGCCAAUCAAGGAUUUUGUGCAUCCAUACUACUCUGUUGAGAUGUUUAGAGCAGCAUAUGCAGACAGAGUUCCACCCAUGCCUGAUAGGGCUGACUGGCCUGAGGUGGAACUAGGGUUUACAUUGUUUCCACCACUGCAAAGGAGGGCAGCAGGUAGGCCAAGAGUUGUCAGGAUUAGAGGGACCAUGGAACAAAGGGCAAACAGGAAGAAGGUGAAAUGCAGAAGGUGCAAAGGCUUUGGACACUUUCAGAAGACCUGCAAGCUGGCUGAACCAACAGAAGAUGACAAUGGUGUUGAUGAAGCAGCCACACUUGAAUCACUUAAAAUGUGA